AAAAGAUCGCGUGACCAGAUUUUCCUUAAGGAAGUUUUAAAGUGAUAAAAUGUAACACAAAAUGAAUCCAUUGAAAUGUGUAAUUGUGACCAUUUUGUAUUGGUUUGGAGAGAUUUGCAAAGGUCAGGGAGUUUUUGUUUCACAACAUGAAACGAAAUGGAACGAGUCUAGAUGCACCUUGGCAGUACCAAGUGUAACCUGCAAGGAUAAUGGCUCAUGCAUUGUUGAAAAUGGUUUGGAUUUUUUUACAAAAGCAGACGGUCAAGACAAUGGAUUUUGGAUUGGAUAUGCCAAAACAUGGAUUAGUUAUGCUUAUGUUGGAUGUGGCCAAUUGAACGAUGGAACCGAUUAUUUUGUUUCAACUCUGAGCGAAUGCAGACGUACAACAGGAUGUCAUAAGUUCGGUAUACAAAAAUCAAAAGUGGGCUUGCGAUGUAAAUGUGCCAGUAAAGUCCCUAAGCAGAAAAAAUCUUGCGAAGAAAAAUGUGACGAACCGGAUCAAUAUCCAUGUGGUGACACAGUCGACACCAAUAUAUUCUCAUUUUACACUGUAGAAAAUGUUCCUCCUAGCAAUAAUUCACAAGACAUUCACAACAACUGCCUUCAGUUCUCCUUUAAGUACAGACCUGGAAAUGACUACCAUUGGGAGUCAUGCACUUUAGAUACCUACCCAAAGCUUUUAUGCAGCAACAAAAAUUAUUUUGAUCGUAAACCGAAGGCGAAAAUACAGACUCAAAGUUAUGGGAAUUGGGCUCAGGCUGUUGAAAACUGCAUCGUUGGAGGAAAAUUCCCUGCAUCGAUACAAAGUAUAAGAAAUGCGAAUUUUACAGACCAGGAAGACCAGAACCACUGGACAGGAAUAACUAAAAAAGAGUCCAUCAUAUCCUUAAACGAUAUGCUUGAUGAUAGCAUCUAUCCGCCAGUGACGUAUGCGUAUGUGGAGCAGAUCAACCAGAUUUUUUACGUCAAGUUUGCCCAGAAAAAAGAGUUAAGAAAAAGUUUGUGCGCAGGAGAUGGCACAUCGACAGAAUCCGCAAGAACGAAAGGAUCAACGGCAGGUCUCGCUGCUGGUUUGUCCGUUUCCCUGGUAGUGCUUAUCAUUGUGACGAUCAUUGUGCUGGUGUUCUUAAAAAGAAGGGGACUAUGAACAAAAUGGUGAACAAAACAACCAUACCGAAGACACAGCAACAGAAAUAGCAUGCAUAUCAACACCGAUACUUGAAUCUACUACAAACACAAUGAAUGAUUUAACAGCCACAAAUCAUUUU